AUGUUCCUCCUUCCAGUGCUGAUGUAGUAAAGGAAUUUGCUGAUGAAAUGAAGGUGGGUGGAACAGCAGAAAGUCGGAGUGUGGCACUGGAAGGGCAGCGUGCUGUUGAGGACUGCUGUCCUCCAAAUGGAGCGGGAUUCGGAAUUGUAGUUGUACUUAUUGGAGACUCUGGUGUAGGCAAGAGUAACCUUUUGUCUCGAUUCACUCGCAAUGAAUUUAACUUGGAAAGCAAAAGCACCAUUGGAGUAGAGUUUGCAACAAGAAGCAUUCAAGUUGAUGGGAAGACAAUAAAGGCUCAGAUAUGGGACACAGCAGGGCAGGAGCGAUACCGAGCUAUAACAUCAGCGUACUAUCGUGGAGCUGUAGGGGCAUUAUUGGUGUAUGACAUUGCGAAGCACCUUACUUACGAGAAUGUAGAGCGAUGGUUGAAAGAGCUGAGAGAUCAUGCUGACAGCAAUAUUGUAAUCAUGCUUGUGGGAAACAAGAGUGACUUGCGCCACCUGAGAGCAGUUCCUACAGAUGAGGCCAGAGCUUUUGCAGAGAAGAAUGGUUUGUCAUUUAUCGAGACAUCUGCUUUAGACUCUACAAAUGUGGAAGCAGCUUUCCAGACUAUUCUGACAGAGAUCUACCGUAUUGUUUCCCAGAAGCAAAUGUCCGACAGACGUGAAAACGAUAUGUCUCCAAGCAACAAUGUGGUUCCCAUUCACGUCCCUCCAACCACUGAAAACAAACCAAAGAUGCAGUGCUGUCAGAAUAUAUAGAAUUGUUCAUUCUUUCCUAAAAGGCUGUGUAUAUUCCCCAGGUCCAAGAUUUAAAUAUAUUUGUAAUUCUUGUGGUUUCUUUCUUGUGUUUAGUUACUGCUUAUUCCUUCUGAAUUUCUCCAUGUCUUAAACACUUUGAUUUUGGUGUUUAUAAAUCUAUUGCUUCUAUGUGGCUGCAGUAUUUUCCCAACACCGACUUGUCGGUUUUGGUUCAGUAAAUUGUUUGGAACUGAACUGAUCUUUCCAACAUGAUGCCCGCUAGUCAGAGCACGGACACCUUUAGUGAGCACUUGAAGACGUUAUUCUGCUCCUCGCAAAACAAUUACUGUCAGGUUAACUAGGAAAAUGUCUCUGGGCAGGAUAAUAUUUCCUUGUCUUAAGGUGUUGUAUACUGCAUCUAAAGCUUGAUGAAAUGCCCGUUGCUCUGAAGUGCAAUUUUAAUGUAAGUUAAAUGUUUUUUGGCUACAUCUUCAGAUUGUCAAAUUGAGGAUUUUGUUAUAGAAUAUUAUGGGGGAGAAAAGAAUUUCUUGCGAACAAGCAGCAGAGUUCUUGCUACCUGUGAAUGAGCUUUUGUGGUUUGGCACCUGCUGCAGCGGAGGUUGUGAUGGGAAGCCGGCCGGCGAGAAGCCGGCAGGACUCCAUAUGAGGUGCCUCUAGCGAAGAAAGCAAAAGCACGAGCUGCGUAACAAUGAAGGGUCACUCUAACGCUGGAACUUGCAGCGUGUUUUUGUGCUGCCUGAGACUUGGCUUCCACAGUGCUGGUGGUAUCAGGGUUUGAGGGUGCCGUUUUUCUUUCGUGGUACACAGACUUGAAAGGUGGUGUCGCGUACUAUGUAUCACACUUACUAAUACAUGCCACGUAUAUUAAUAUAUUCAGAUGCUUGGGUUGAUGAAUCAAUAACUUCCACAAGCUGGUCCUAGUUUUCAGCUCUGUUUCAUCUGGUAUUUUUAAAUUAUUCCAGUGGUUUGGUAUAUGUUCCUUUAACAAAAACAUCUGGAGUAAUUUUCUUACUGGCUGCCUUCUUUCUGUGGUCUGUCGCUCCGUACAAAUCAUCUGUUCGAUUAGCUUGUUCAGGGAUACAUGAACUGUGCCUUCUGUCACUGCACUCUGAAACCACUGCAUAUCCCAAACACGUCAUUAAUAUUGAGAUUUGGGGGCUACGGCACUGAGUUUCUACAGUAUUUAAAAAGAACUGUUUGUUGUAUAAAUGCCUGCGGUUAUUUAUACAAUUACAGGGAAGUAAUUGAUCGUAGGAAACAUUUCUCAAACUCUGAUAUGACCCACUUGGGACAUCCAAAUCUGGGUAGGCACUACCAGCUGCGUUUCGUACCCAACCUUUCUGUCUUGCGGUGCUCAUGAUGUGUAAGGCACACGGAAGGCAUUGCUGUAGUCGGUCACUUGGUUUUUUUAAAUCCAUUUCUCCUCCUAGUAUUAGUUCUGAAGAUGCUAUUUUGAUCUGUUUGUAAAUUACUUUGUAUUUUAUGCAUGUAUUGUACCUUGAUUCAUUAUUUUUUUAAAUUGAUUUAAAAUAUAUUCAUCCAUGAUUCUAAUAAAGAAUUACAGGGGACGACUCA